UGCUAAUAUUACUUUUAAUGCCUUCAUCUAUAUCUAUGUUGCCAGCUCUCAGUGCAAUCUUUUGCCGUCUUGCUAAGGGAUCUGCUGCCAUGAAAAGUGGAGGUGGACGGUAACACCAGGCAUACCUCAUUUAGGUGUCAGCUUGGUAAAGCUGGAACACCAAGUGCAGCAGCAUUUGAUAGAGCAAAGUAAUCCCACAGAGCAUAUUUAAGCUAACAGACCUGCCACCUCCAAUCAUUAAUGGCAAUGGGCAAUUAAACUUCCGAAUGGAGGAACGGAGCGCCACUGAUAUUUCUAUUCCCUAUUAUCCUGGUGCCAGGAUGUUAGUACAAAAGACGAGGCUGAAACAUUUGAAAAUAAUUUUCUGCCAGAAGUUCCAAUUGAAUCUUAGCCUCUCCUGAGGUCCCCAGCAUUAGUGUCUGUUCAGUCUGGGUGCUAUGCUCUAUAUUCAAAAGGCUAAGGACCCCUGACAACUACUCAGCAGUCAUGUUGAAAAUUUGUUCUCCAAGCCAAGCUGCUCCUGUACCGCUACACUGGUGUGCACACUGAAAUAGCCAGUUACGUCCUAACCACAAAAACAGGUCAAAUACAAUCCAGCCAAUUACCAUCUCAUCAAUCUACUCUCAACCAUCAGCACAUUGUUGGAAGGUUUUGUCAACAGAACUCUCACUGGCACUGCAUGGAAAUAAUCAACUUGUUUAUGCUCAGUUUGGGUUACACCAGGGCUACCCACAUUCUCGCCUAACUGCAGCUUUGGUCCAAAAAUUGACUUAGGAAUUGAAUUCAAGUAGUGAGGUGAAGGAACUGCAUUGACGCAAGGCAGUGUGAAAUCAACGAGUGCUAGGAAGAGAUGUCAGUGUGAAUCAAGGAGAACACCGAUUACGAGUUAGUUAUACCUAGCUAUCAGGAGUGAUAGUGAUAGUUGACAAAGUUGUUGCUUGUUUAAAGCACCUUACAUUAAAAAAAUGAAGAUCAUAAAUUAGGUGUAGUCAAGAUGUUCUGACAGUGGCAAGAAGGCAAAGCUUUCGUUGUGAAGAAAAAUUUGUAUAACUGAGAAUGCGAAGAAUGAUUUUAAAUUGUAAAAAUUACAGUUCUGCUAUAAUGCGCAUUUCAUCCGCGCAAAUUGGUUAUAACAUUAAUCAAUUAUGGAUGUUGUUUAGAUAAUGUGAACUUUCUACUGAACAGAUAUAACAAUUUUCUAUUAGUGGUCCUCUAAAGUGUGAUUUUCUUCAGUUUUCCUUAGCACAAUUUUCUAUAGGAUGAGGCCACAGAGCAUCACAACUGUUGCAUUAUCGCAGAACGACCUGUAUUUCCAUUUAUCAAUGACUGGAGCAAAUGUAAGAUUACGAUGAAAACAAAAGGGCGGGUGAGGAGAAGUUCGUGUAGUGGUUCGUAUCAUGUGCACUCCUAUCAGAUGUAAUGCUGGAAGCAAGAUAAAGCAGGUUUUGGAAUGGAUGUUGGAGGCAAUUAUGGAUGGGACAGAGAUUGCAGUGUCACCUCGGAGCUUGCAUAGUGAGCUGAUGUGUCCCAUCUGUCUGGACAUGUUAAAGAACACCAUGACAACGAAGGAAUGUUUACACCGCUUCUGCUCGGACUGUAUUGUCACUGCACUCCGCAGCGGAAACAAAGAAUGCCCCACAUGUCGAAAGAAGCUGGUGUCUAAACGAUCUCUCCGACCAGAUCCUAAUUUUGAUGCGCUGAUCUGUAAGAUCUAUCCGAGCAGGGAUGAGUAUGAAGCACAUCAAGACCGUGUGCUUGCACGAUUGAGCAGACUCCAUAACCAACAGGCUCUAAGCAGUAGCAUUGAGGAAGGGCUGAAAAUGCAGGCCAUGCACAGAGCUCAGCGAGUAAGGAAGGCGCAGCACGAAUCAGACAAUACCACUUUCAGUGGUGGUGAGGACAACUGUGACAGCCGCUCUCAUGUCAGCAAUGUGUCUACGCACAGCAAUCAGGAGGCUGGUCCAAGCCGCAAACGCUCUAAAGCUUCUGAUGACUCUUGUCCCGAUCUGGAUAACUCACGGGAAGGGGCAGGAAGUCCAGAUGUAGGUGUGGACUCCUGCAGUGAAAUCGAGCUGGUGUUCCGACCUCACCCUGUGCUUGUGGAAAAAGAUGAAUAUUCCCAAACAAGAUAUGUGAAGACUACUGCAAAUGCCACUGUGGACCAUUUGUCUAAAUAUCUUGCGUUAAGGAUUGCUUUGGAGGAACAGCAGAAGAGCCUUGGGAAUAAUGCUGUCAGUCUCGAGGAAGUCAGUGAGAAGCAGUACACAAUCUACAUCACCACCUCAGGGGGCCAGUUCACGACGUUGAAUGGAUCAUUGACACUGGAAUUGGUAAAUGAGAAAUAUUGGAAGGUCAGCAAGCCUCUUGAGCUAUACUAUGCACCCACCAAGGAGCAGAAAUAGUGAAGGAAGGAAGAGGACCAGAAGAAAACUGCUAUCUGCUUGCUUGCUCCUUCCAUAUAUUUGCCAUAGUAAGACUGCAACAGCUUUUUUGGCAUUGGAGAUUGUGGAAGGGACUGUGCUGAAUCCCAGAAGAGAAGAACUGGCUUGAAAUUUUGAAUGCAGGGCCAAUGAGAGGACAUUCUCUUGCAGUCUGGGUUGGGGUAUAGAAUAAAUAUGAACUGUUACAUACCAUUACUCCUGUGUCCUCUAGUGCUGGGUGCGAAUGUGUAUUUUGAACUCAGGAUCACAUUUUGAGGUUUGACCUUAUUUCUUCUGUGAUCAUUCGGCCAUCUAGCUCAUGAGUAGGUGUUCAUGGAGCCCUGUGAUUCUUGUGCAGGUUCCUUUUCUUUGACAACUUCUGAUACUUUACGUGUAUAUGGCUAACCAAACCCAUUAACUGAAACUGAACAUUGAGGAUGCACAGUACUGAUAGUGCAUACCCUUCUCCUGGUUGCAGCUAGUGAGGAGUUAGUGGACAAAUGAGAAGUAGAUGAGUUUAACCAUUUUAAAAUUUACAGCCCUGAAAGCCAUUUUCGUGUCAGAUUUGAUUUUUUUUUGAUGUACUGUUUCUCAUUUUUCUAUUGUUCCUUUUGUGUGUUUAUAACAUGCAUGACUGCGUAAUAUUCACCAUUAUUAUGUAUCAAAAUCCAUAGCUCUGUUUAUUGCUGAUCUGCAUUAUUUUGGUUAAUCCUUCUAGGUUUUAUUUACAUCAACCUUUGGCAAAAGAACUCUUGAAAGUCUUGUGCUUAAUUUAUAAGAUGCUCAACAUUUUCAGCUAAUCUUAAAUUCCUCCUCUUCCUCCUCCCACUCACCAUUUUGUUUGCUGAGCAGUUGAUUUCCUUUCAGCUGUUUCACUAAGAAUAACCCUGAACUUUCUGGGUUUAAAUAAAGUGCCUGUGCCAGUUGGCCUAUGCUUUUGACCCCCCUUACAUGCCUGGCUUAAUGUUUUUGUUUUAUCUCUCUUUUUCUUAUUUGACUCUGUAUUUGAAGAGUGUGUUGGUGAGCAGAAGUUAGCUGUGUUAUGUGUGUUUUUGAGAUUGGUUUGCACCACUUUUUGUAAUAUUGCUCAAUUGACCUCUGACACCAUUGAGGUAAUGUAUCCAUUUCAUGCCUGUUGAUUUUCCAUUCCAAAGCAAUCUCGUAAUAAUUUUGUCUGUCACCUUGUAUUGGAUUUGAGGGAGGAGGAGCGGGGAAGGGGUAAUUUUUUAAGGGUUAAUACUGCUGUGCGCUUUCUUACUGUAUCACAUGAGUUUCAUAUCGUGUGAUUAGAAGAUGUUUGAAUAUCCAGAGAAUAAAAUUUAUUGGGUGAGUUUUGUUUUAAUAGAAAAAGACAUGCAUUUAAAAGAUUCACUCUGCUGCUUUUUUUAUUUCUCUGCUUUCUGAAGCCAUUGACUUUUUUUUUCAAUACUUCACUCUGGCUUGCACCAGCGAUGCUGUUGAGCCGAGCCUCUUCCAAUACGGCUGAAAUGCUAGGUGGAGAAAAUAGUAAUCAAGUGCAGUAUCCUGCGAUAAUUGUUCUUCUUCCUAACCCAAGACCAUCAUUGUCAACUGCAACUCAUCACUGUUUUUGACAUAGUUUUGCUAAAUUAGGAGAGAACAAAGAUUGUCUGACUUUGAUACUGAAUAAACCUCCUGCUAAUUUUGGCUUUAUUGUGA